AUGGACGAUAUGCGCUCAGCUCGACUCUCGAGGGAAUGGUGCGUCUCUGGGACUACAUGUGCGAUAUCUGUUUAUGCACGUACAGGCAAGUUCAGCAUGCAGUGCGCCUUCCUGGAGAAGCAAUGGAACAAGCAGUCAAUUGUGGCCUGUGGAUCGGAGGACAACCGUAUUUUGAUGUGGAAUGUGGGCUCACAGGAUGUAACUUCUGUCUUGACCGGACACGACCAUCCAGUACUUGCACUCGCAGCCCAUCCGACUCACGCACUGAUGGUAUCGGGCUCCAAUCGAGACAUCAAGAUGUGGACUCCAAGUGUUGAAGCUGAUGGCGAUAGUAACAUGGAGAGCAAUGGCACAAAGGACCUAUCCAAGUUCAAGUUUAUUGAAAAGCCAGCUGGUUUUUCAAGAAGUGUGGUAUCUGUUUACCACACAGGCUUUGCUAUUGCGAUUGGCUAUUUUAAACAGGUUUUAGCGCUAGUUGGUCUAAUUCCAAUCUAUUUUAAGAAUACGUCGGCUUCUCAGGGUACUUAG